AUGUUGCAAACAGCUGAAACAGCAACUGUUAUCGCUCCAAUUAAUUAUAAUAUAAAUACUACUAUUACAUCAGCAACAACGGUAAUAACAACAACUACAACAUCUGGUAAUAAUAAUACUGAUAGUGAUACACCAAGACGCCGUUCAACAUUUUAUGUACCAUUAGUAACACCAGAAUCAUCAAAUGAUUCAUUAAAUUAUGAAUUUAUAAUAAAAUCAUCAAUAAAACAUCAUGUUAAAUUACAACGUGAUAAUGAUAGUAGCAAUCAUAAAACACGUAACAUAACAUCAGUAAAAGCUGCUAUAAAACAAAUACAAAAUAAUUGUGAAAAUGAUAAAAGUUAUUUAAAUAAAGUUUCAUAUUUAAGUAAUUCAAAUACAACAACAACAACAAAUUCAGUAACUAAUAAUAAACAUAAUACUAAAAAUAAUAAUAGUAAUACUACACCAGUUAAGAAUAAUAUUAAUAAAACUAAAAGGUAUGGUAUCGUCUUAAAUGGUAUUAAUUUAGAUGAUGAUUGUAAUAAUGAUGGUAACAAUCAAUUACAAACAAUAGAUAAUAAUAUCAAUAAUUGUUGUCAAUCAUCAAUAUUAAAUGGCCUUAAUUAUUGUGAUGAUGAUGAUUCUGAAUUAAGUCGUAUGCAAACCAAUACUUCAACACCAAUUAAAAUGAUGAAAUCACGUUCAAGAACAAAUAUAUUAUCAGUUCCAAUUACAGAACCAAGUAUUAUAUUUACUUCAUCUAAUGUUGCUAUAGCAACUGUUACUGUUAAUAAAACAACUAUUGCACCAAUUAAAACGAAUUUAAUUGAAAAUAAAUCAAGUGUAACAAAUGCAAAAAUAAUAACAACAACAGCAGCAACAACAACAACAACACCAUCAAAAACAACCAAAGAAAAAUCAAAAACUUUACCACAAAAUUGUUCACCAUCUAUGGUGAAACAAAUUGGUUCUGGAAUAUCAACAAAUAGUACGAAACAUAUUGCUAAUAGUACUGUUAAUAUAAAUGCAACAACAGGAACAAAAACAACAACAAAAACAAUAAAAUCAUCUACAAAUAAUUUAACUAGUAAUAACAGUAAUUCUGGAAUAAUUUCAAAUACAUUCCCACCAAAGAAUUUAUUUUUAUUAAAAUCAACACCUAAAUUAUUACCAUCAUCAACAUCAUCUAUGUCAUCAUCAUCGAAUGGUACACAAAAAAGUCAUUCAUCAUCGGAUACAUCAAUUUUAUCAACGACCACAUCACCAAAUAAUCGUACAAAUAAUACCGGAUCAAAUAAUCAUAAUCAAAAUACUACCACUGCUACUACUGCUACUACUACCCAUAUAAUAUCACCACCAAAGAAAUCUUUAAGUUUUAUAAGAAGAGCACAUUCAACAAAAUUAUCUCGUAGUAAUUCAUUAUUAAAAUCUCUUACAUCAUCAACAUCAUCAGCAUCAUCAUCAUUUCGUCAUAAUAGUACAACAACAACAACAUCAUCUUCAAAUAAUACAGCUGAUACAUUAGAAAUUCUUUAA